AUGGCCGACUUUAGGCAAUGGGCUAUAGAAUUUGUUCUUGCCGAUAAUGAGGGGCAACAAACAGCGAUAGCUCAAAAUGCCGCCAAAGAAAUCCAGACUGCCCCUGCCAAUACCAAUCCGUUGGCAAGAUGGGUCGAGGCCGUGCAACCAUGGAUGCCAGGAGGUGGCAAUCAGGCCGAAAACGAGACACCAGACUGGACUGCCAGAGCCAAAGCUCUCGAAUUCUUGUCUAGAACGUUGGACUUUGUGGCCCAGGAUGUCCUAAAACCCAGUCAAGUAAAGCUACUAGUUAGCUUCUUUGGCGCCAUGUUUGAGGUUGAUCACAAAGCUGGCAUCAUGCCUUCGGCAACCGCUCUAUCCAGGAUAGUCGUCAUGAAGUCCUUUCAACGCCAUAUGGGGCACGAGAUCAUUCAGAAAAUCUGUUCCCUGAAGGACGACUUCCCACGACAAGUAGCCAAGACUCGACUUGAGAUUUACGAACUCAUAAGGCUGCUCAUGACAACUCCUGGAGUGGCUAAUGAUUUGCAAAACACACAUGGCUCCUCUGCUGGUUUCAUGCUCGACUUGGUACAGCUUUGCCGAAAUGAGCGAGACCCUGAAUGUUUGAUGGUCUGGUUUGGCAUUCUCAGAUUAUUCAUGUCAGAAUACACAGUCUCACAAGACGUCUUGGAGGAGGUCUAUGGAGUGUUCAAACCAUACUUCCCGAUCUCGCUCCCCAGAGCAUCCCAGGUUGCAAUCACCCCUGAAGAGCUAAAGCUACAGCUAAGAAAAUGUUUCUCGGCAACCCGCCAGCUAGCUGAUAAGAUCUUCCCUUUUCUGCUGGGCAAGCUUGACCAGGGCGAUGCUGUUACUGUCAACGUCAAGCUUGAUAUCCUGAAAACUUUGCAAGCAUGCUUGGACGAGUACAGCUAUCCUCAGAAGUCAAUUGCUCCUUAUGCCAGUCAAAUCUGGGGCAGCUUGAAGUACGAGGUUCGAAAUGGUGAGAUUGAAGAUACUAUCUGGGGUACACUGGAAGUCUUGAAGUCCCUUACUCAAAGACUCACUGGUGAUGACCUCCGUGAUCAUACGCUUUCUGUUACUCGAGACUGCGUCCCAGAUCUAGCAACAACCAUGUACGCUGCAUCCUCUGGUCGGCUCAUGAUAAGUAUCUUAAGCUCCAAACCAAGCGCAUUCGUAUUGAUGGCAGCUCCUGUUCUCACGCAUAUUAAAGAGAACCUGCGACAUCCCAAGGCGCCUGUCCAUAGUCAGGACCUCCACAAAGUCCUGCACGUUAUACUAGAAACCCGACUGCUUCUCACAGACUCCAACAUGACCGCCGAGGAUCGAGAAGAUUUCGCAGCCAUUGAUGGGUUCUUCAAGUCUCUCUACAAUGAAGUUUACAGGAGUGCAGUUGGACUCGGUUCCAAACAAGAUGCCUCGUACGACGAUUUGAAGCUUGCGACCCAGGCAGUUCAAGGUGCUGGAGCUCUGGUAUGCCAACGGCCUGCUAAAUCCUCAGAUCCGUCAAUUAGUGGUGCGAGCACUAUUUCCGAACGACUAUUGCCCGAGGAGACGUGCUCGGAAAUUUGCGAGUCUCUCUUUGCGAUCCUCAAGAGAUCAGGACCAGAGUAUCCUCGAUCAGCGGGAGGCGACGAACUUAUUAAUGAUACAGCCAAGGCACUUCAACGAGCAAUUCGCUUAUUCCCUCGCGGAUUCGAUGGUAUUGUGGAUGAAAGCAUGACCAUCAUUCGCACUGCUAGACAAAAUGCCGGAACAGCUGAGGUGGUUGAGACAGUGACGACCCUUGGUGGUCUCAUUGCCUUUGUAGGCUCUUCAGAAUUACCUUCAACGCCCCGAGAUGGAUUCGACCACUUCGUCUACUCUGUUAGUGUGUUCCUGUCGGAGCUCUUUGAUGCGCUCCAGUCAAAGUCAGAUCCUCAGAUCUGGUGCGCUUUGGCUGCUAUAGUUCAAUCCAUCAUUCGUCAUUUCAACGAUGCCUGCUUGGUAACCAACCCUGACAAGGACCUCCCAAUUGGAGGCGAGGCCUUGCAAACUAUUGGCUCCAUAUAUACUGGCCUGGGACAGCUUGGUGAAGGCAAGUCAGCUGAGUCUUCUACAGAAUAUCAUAGCCGGGUUUCCCAAACAGCAUCCGUCGCAGAGGUCAGGAACGAGUUCUUGUUGGUCACUCUAUUUAUUGCAAGGCAGCUCUACCGACAGGCAACCAAGGUCAUCGAAACUCACCCCCAGACAGGAAAACAAGCUCUGAGUUUGAGUGACGAUUUCGCCAAUGCCGAUCAAGUCGCUGGACACCAAUAUCUUCAUCUUGUCUCUACUCUAGCAGGAUUCAUCAUUCACGAGCUCAGUGAAUCCCAGCAGACAUUACUUCAGGCUGAGAAUUUCGCAAUUACUCUCUUCCGAGAAGAUUCUAUUACAAUCCCCCAGAAACAACCCGAUGAGCAGCAAGUGCUAGAGAUUAGUUCAUCUUGGACUUGGUUGGCAUCAGAAGCACCAAAUGUUCUAUCCCUUGGUGUACUGCAAGCUUUGCAACCGUCAGCAGUUGCACGCCUGUUCGACAAUGGGGUCGCUCAGGAGUUGAUACUUAGCGGAUUCACUGCAGACACGAACUUCAGCAGACCAGUGACACUUUCGAUCUUGACUAUCCUAGCAAACAAAUACAAGAUAGAGAGUCUGCCAAGUCUCGUGUCAGCUCUUGAGCAACGCGCCUCGACUCUGCUCACAACGCCGGCGUCCACAAACGAAGGCUCCCAUCUGGAACAGAUCACUUCCGUUUAUGCUCUUGUGGCAGGAAUGGUGCGAAGAUACAGCGGCAAAGAAGCCAAGACACUACUUGACGUCGUGAAGGACUCACCCAAAGACCCUCAAUCCGGUGCUGAGCUUGCUCGCCGGCUUGAAAUGAUUGUGGCUCCUCAAAGAAUACUGAUGAAGGAGAAUUACGCCAUAGUCAAGCCUCUAUGGACACAAAAGGUCUUCUUCCAGCUAGUCAACCCUAUGCUGCAAGCUGCUACUGGAAAGGAUGCCGAUGUCCAAGACCAACAAGUCAAAGCCAGCUACAGCACUGCUGUUUUGCUCAUGGUGAAGCACAUGAGCUUCGCUAUUUACGAAACAGACGCGGACAGUAUUCUCAGAAUCUCUAUUGCCGUUGCACAGAGCAAUGGCGUUGGCCCUGAAACUAAGGCUGCCCUUGACGUGAUUAAGAAUAUUCUUGCAGAAGCUCCCGAAAAGGGCAAAGGCCAUAUCCGAAGCAUCAUCAAGAUUUGCAGCAGCGUGUUCUCGCACACACCCAAGUCCGCAACAGAGAAUGUUGACAUAGGAGGUGCAUGCGGCAAGCUUGCGCUAGAGAUCGUGGGAAGCCUGCCACGUACUUACGACUCGCAGCAUCUGACACCACAUGCGCCUCAAGUACAACGGCAAUUGACAUUGGUCUGUGGACACAGGGUGCGAGAAGUGAGGAAGACAGCACGGUUGGCUAGAGCGGCCUGGGCGGAUCUCAAGUAA